UGGCUAAUGAUGUGUUGUCAAAAAUAGUGAGUGUUUACAGCUAUUAAGUAAAAUGAUGGUAGUUUAUCAGUGGGUGUUAUUUAAGUAGGGCUGUGAGCGAAGGCGUACGCGCGCGUCGCUGUCAGUUUGCGAACGCAAGCGCGUCACCGACUCCGAAGGCAACUGUGGUAAGUAAAACAAGGAUUGGUAGAGAGACAACUCGGCAUACUUUGAACUCGAGAUCAGAAGUCCCUUAAUUUGGAACAAAAAACAUCAUCUUGGCUUUUAUAACUGGCCGAACUUGUUAAAGGUCUUCAGGAGAAACUAUAGGGCCGAUUGGAGCAGCAGGUAGCUGGUCAUCAGAGUUGUAAAUGACUGUGCUAACCAACUAGUAGCACUGGUCGAUUUGCAUAUGCGGUUUAGAACUGACUGGUAACCCUACUGCAGGCGUUCUCGUCUCGUUCCUGGAGCCAGAGCUUUUGGGGGGCAGAGUCCUGCGUUAGUGGCAGAGCCUCCAUCCCCCAGUUAGCUGGAGUCGUUGUUGUGCAUCGGAACGCCAUCACUGUUAGUGUUGAUUAGAUUGAACUGAUCGGAUCUUCUGACUGGGGAAACUGCAGCAGCUGCAAGCCACGCCCUGUGCUCGACCACCCCUGGCCCCGCCCACAUAUCCCUGCCGCCACCAUGGUGCUGUCACAACGGCAACGGGACGAACUAAAUCGAGCGAUAGCUGAUUAUCUUCGUUCCAAUGGAUAUGAAGAGGCUUAUUCAACGUUCAAGAAGGAAGCAGAAUUAGACAUGAAUGAAGAAUUGGAUAAGAAGUAUGCUGGCCUUUUGGAAAAGAAAUGGACCUCAGUCAUCAGAUUACAAAAGAAGGUGAUGGAGCUGGAGUCAAAGCUGAAUGAGGCCAAGGAGGAGAUCACCUUGGGUGGGCCCAUAGCCCAGAAGCGUGACCCCAAAGAGUGGAUACCUCGCCCGCCGGAGAAGUACGCGCUGAGCGGCCAUCGUUCCCCCGUCACACGUGUCAUCUUCCACCCAGUCUUCAGUGUCAUGGUGUCUGCCUCCGAGGACGCCACAAUAAAGGUGUGGGACUAUGAGACAGGAGACUUUGAGCGGACGCUGAAGGGUCACACAGACUCUGUCCAGGACAUAUCCUUUGACCAUACUGGCAAGCUGUUGGCCUCCUGCUCUGCAGACAUGACCAUCAAGCUGUGGGACUUCCAGGGCUUUGAGUGCAUCAGAACCAUGCAUGGACACGAUCACAAUGUUUCAUCUGUAGCCAUCAUGCCCAAUGGAGAUCACAUAGUAUCUGCCUCGAGGGACAAAACCAUUAAAAUGUGGGAGGUGGCCACUGGCUACUGUGUGAAGACGUUCACGGGCCACAGGGAGUGGGUGAGGAUGGUCCGGCCCAACCAGGACGGCACCCUGAUCGCCAGCUGCUCCAACGACCAGACGGUGCGUGUGUGGGUGGUGGCGUCCAAAGAGUGCAAGGCCGAGCUGCGGGAGCACGAACACGUUGUGGAGUGCAUCUCCUGGGCCCCUGAGAGCGCCCAUCCCACCAUCUUGGAGGCCACCGGCUCAGAGUCUAAGAAGAGUGGUAAGCCGGGCCCUUUCCUGCUGUCUGGCUCCAGAGACAAGACCAUCAAGAUGUGGGAUGUCAGCAUUGGAAUGUGCCUUAUGACACUGGUUGGCCAUGAUAACUGGGUGCGCGGGAUGCUUGUCCACCCUGGAGGCAAGUUCAUAUUAAGCUGUGCUGACGACAAGACCUUAAGGAUCUGGGACUACAAGAACAAACGCUGCAUGAAGACCCUGGGUGCCCAUGAACAUUUUGUUACCUCUCUGGAUUUCCACAAGAAUGCUCCGUACGUCGUCACCGGAAGCGUAGAUCAAACAGUUAAAGUGUGGGAGUGUCGCUGAUCCGAUCAGACCUGAAGAUCAGACCACCACCACCCCCUCUCCUCCCACUCCAACCCCUGCACCCCACCUCACCUCCCACCGUCUCCUUCAUCUCCUCUGGCUACACACACACCAUGGUUAAUACCUUAUCCUGUCAUCACGCUCUCUGGUCCAAUAACUAUGGUCCUUUUAUGUACAUUAUUCUGGAUGUAGAUUGAGCUAUUAAAUGUUGCACAGCAAAAAAAGUAUUCUUGCAUGGUGAUGAUGAAUCCAAAAUUGUAUACUGUAAAUUUACAUGAUAACGUUGUCUAGAAGUACCAUAGGUUUAACAUGGGCGGGGCUGUCUAAGUCUGUCACAUGCAGCCUUACCUACCUACUUACUGAAGGCAGAUGUUUCUUUGUGUGUCACAAAUGGCUCCCUAUGUGGUGCAAUACCGAUGACCAGGGCCCUUGUGCCCUUGUAAAAAGUAGUGCGCUAUACAGGGAAUAGGGUGCCAUUUGGGACACACUCUUUGACUGGGGGUAAAAUGUAGGGCACUAAAACCGAUAAUUAAAAAAAACGUUUGUCAGCUUUCUUUUUGUCUGCCUACUUAUAUUUUUAUUUUUCUCUCUCCUUUUCACUGUUGUAGUCUCUGUUGGUGAUAUUUUUUUUGGUGGGGGGGACGACAAAAGGAAAAGUAUAAUCCCUUGAUGCCGGAGGAUAUGAGAUUGUCUGUCUGGGGGGGGUUUAUUGGAGUUAUCUGUAGCUUUGUAACAUCACUUCUGAAGUGUGCAUACCGUUUCUCUUCAUGUGGAACUAGUGAAUAUAUUAAUUGCUGCAUAUACAAAUGUUUCAAACUGUUUAUUUUUGGACAUCUGGGGGUUGAGACAACAAAACAGCUUUUUACUCUUGUCAUGACGUGUCCUAAACUGAGUAGAAAAACGUAGCAUUAUCCUAUCCAAUAAAUGUAUUCUGCUUCACGUUUAUUGAAUCGGAUAACAUUUCUGUUUUGGCAUCUCAAUGAAUUAACCUGGCUAUGCUGUGCAGAUGGUGCCCUUAUUUCCGUUGGUGGACUGUAAGCCUAAAUGCUAACCUGAAAGCUAUGUGAGCCGAUAGCGUGAGGUUACUCCUCCCUGAAAAGCUGCCCCCUGUCUGAACGCCCCGGUACUGGGCCUUACGGUUGGCUGCAACUGAUAAGGCGAGCUUCUCAGCCUUUCUCUAACACUUGGCCCUUUAGCAGCAGACAUCAGGGAUCACCUCUUUUAAUUUCAAUUCACUUAAAGGAUCUUUAGUUGUCUCCCUCCCUCUGUAAGAUGGCUCGUUGUCUCAAAUCUAACCUGAGUGAUUUUCCAUUGGACUCAACUGAACUCUCCCUUUUUCUAACCAUUUGACGAAUCCGGUGUCUGCUGGGUUGUCUGUUAUACUAUAGGAAUCAUGUAAGCGAUUUUUAUGCUCAGUUGGCCAUUGUCUUGUGCUGCUUGCAUCUAUGGGCUGUGUAAAUUAGGGAGGGCAAGCUUAAGCCUUAGUUUUGGAUUAAAUAUGCAAGUUUCGAAUGAGUCGGACUGUCACACGCUGUCAUAGCAUGACAAGGAGUAAAAGUUGCCUCAGGUUUGUUUUGGGAUGUGCAAAAGAGCUCUCCGGGGGGGGCAGAAAUAAUUGAGAGGUAAUAAAGCUGUUUCUGUGGGGGGGCAAAAUACAUGUAAUUUUACUGAGCUGUAGGGAAGUGUCCAAAUCUGUGUUUCCACCGAACUGACUGAACUAUUGGGGGGGAUUCAUUCAAUUGAUGAAAUAAAAUGCUAGCAGUAGACAUGCUAAUGAAUGCUUGUGCUCGCUGUACAGUAGAGCGGUCUGAUGGUAGUUCUUGUAAAGGUAUAGUCACCCCUAAACCUACAUAAAGCAGCUCCCUUGCCACAGAAAGGCCUUGGCUUUGGUCUUGGGCUAGUCUCCAUUUGUGCCCAGAAGAGUGCUUAGACUCCUAGUGAAGUGCCCUCGAGGCGAAACUCCACAGGCCGACUAACACAUUGCAGUCGUCUCCUGGGUGGCAGGCAGAUCUUUUAUCAUAUUCUGUUCAUUUUAGGAGCUAGGAGGCUGAACAAAAUGAAAACCAAAUCCCUCCAUUUCCCUUAAAAAAUAAAUAACAUCUUGCUACUUCUUACGCUGCAGCAGGUGAGGGAAAAUCCUAUUGUCUGGCACAUCCCUGCUUUUCGGUAGAUCUUUGGUCCUUUGUCGGACUGAUGAUCGAAGAUGUAAGAAAUUUAAAAAUACUUAAUAAAAUGCAUAAACAAUUUAUCAGCCUUUUUCCAUUGAUGCACUUCUAUAAUAAAGAAUUCCACUUGCUUAACUGA